CCAUAAACUCCAUUAUAUUGAUCUCUUCAUUCCAGCACUCCAAAUAUCACAUUAUAUUUCCAUCAUCAAAAGCCCUUCUAAGAAAAAAAAAAAAAGAAGCAAUCUUGAUAUGAUAUGAUGCAGAAAAUGGCAGCUUCUUGGCUUAACUGGAACAUGGAAUCCUACCCAGACUACCAAGAUUUCUUCCUUCUUCCCUUCCUGCUUCUCUACUUCCCCACCCUACGUUUCAUUCUCGACACUUCAAUCUUCGAGAAAAUGGGGAGAAGGAUGAUAUUAGGGGCGAAACAUGGCAAUAUGGAAAUCAAGAAAGGCCCUAAGAGGAAGAAGAUCGACAAGUUCAAAGAGUCUGCCUGGAAGUUCCUCCAUUACUUUUCUUCAGAACUUUUUGCACUUUAUGUUUGCUAUGAUGAACCAUGGCUCACCAACGCAAAAUACUUUUGGAUGGGGCCCGGUGAGGGUGACCACCUUUGGCCAGAUCACAAAUACAAGUUAAAGAUGAAGGGAUAUUAUAUGUAUGCUGGAGGGUUCUAUAUUUACUCCAUUUUUGCAUUGGUGUUUUGGGAAACAAGACGUUCUGAUUUCGCAGCAUCUAUGGCUCAUCACAUAACAACAGCCUUCCUCAUUCUCUCUUCUUAUAUUUUCAGGAUUGGGAGGGUUGGUUCAAUGGUUCUACUACUUCAUGAAGGGUGUGAUGUGUUUAUGGAAUUUGCAAAGAUGUCUAGAUACAGUGGCUUUUAUGGCUUGUCCGACCUUUCUUUUCUUGGUUUUGUGCUAUCAUGGCUCAUUGGCCGUCUAAUCCUUUAUCCCUUCUGGGUCCUCAAGAGCACAAGCUACGAUGUACUUUUCAUCUUGGACAUGGAUAAGCAUCGCACAGUUGUAUACUACUUUCUGUGCAAUGCUCUGCUGUUUGGCCUCAUGCUUCUUAACAUAUACUGGUCGAAGUUGAUCCUCCGAGUGCUCAUUGGAAAAAUCCGGAAUGGUGAGAUCAACGACGUUCGAUCAGAUUCUGAAAGCAAUGAUGAACACAACGACUGAAGAUCAACAAUGGCCUGGGAUUGAAGAGAGGGAGUGUUGCAAAAAGAUUUGAAUUAUAUUUUGUUCUGUGAAUGUUUAACAUUCAUCUUUAGAUAAACAUAUAAAGAUUACUUUGAAAUGAGUCCAUAAAGCUCUUCACUUGGCA